AUGGCGGAUGCUUCAGCCGUGAACCGGGCUUAUUUCAACAAGCUUGCUCCCGAAUACGACGCCAAGUUCCACAAGGCGAGGGCCGUCAUGGAGAGACAGGUCAGGGGCAAUGCCGCCUUCAUCGGGGCCCGCGAGGGAGGCCGGAUGCUCGACUAUGCCUGUGGCACGGGCUUCUUGUCGGCGGCGUUGGGGGACCGUCUCAGCCAGUGCGUCGGCAUCGACGUCUCGGAGAGCAUGGUCGAGGCGUAUAAUGCAAGGGCCCGGAGUGAGGGCUUCACGCCAGAGCAGCGCACAGCACACGUAGGCAACCUCCUCGACCCGUCAGACCCACGGCCGCGCGCGCUCUCGACGCCCAACCUCGGGGGCUUCGACGUGGCCGGCGUCGGCGCCGGCUUCCACCACUUCGACGACUGCCACCUCGCGGCGUCGCGCCUCGCCCAGCGCCUGCGGCCCGGCGGCGUGCUCCUCGUGCUCGACUUUGUGGCGCACGCGGCCGGCGCCGUCGACGACGCGGCCGUGCGCGGGGUGCGGCACCACGGCUUCGUCGAGGACGAGGUGCGGCGCAUCUUUGAGGGCGCCGGCGUGGGGCGGGGGUUUGCGUUUCGUGAGAUGGAUGAGGAGCUUGUCUUUGAGGGCGCCGGCGAGGGGCGCGGGGAUAUGGUCAGGAGGGUGUUUUUGGCUAGGGGGGAGAAGGCUUGA